ACCAGCGUUUGGUCUCGAGUGGCGACGUGUACAGGAACUGCGCGAUGAGCUGCACAUAAACAGUUCGCUCACGGCGCUUCAAAUACAUUAGGCCAUUGUCUUCUAUUCAUUCAUCUGACAUUUGAUUUCAGGGUUUCAUCACCUGUUUAUGACAUUUAUCAGUAAAACCAUGUUUAACCGUGGAAAAUCUCAGUUUAGCCACCUGGCAGUAUUUGUGAUGCUGGCUUUGAAUGUUCAGGCCAGGCCAGCGAAUAUAUCAGCAUUAAAAGACAAACACCCCAGCAACAGUAAGGAGGACAACGAGAUCCUUCCACCGGACCAUCUGAACGGUGUGAAGAUGGAGAUGGAUGGUCACCUCAAUAAAGAUUUUCAUCAGGAGGUGUUUCUGGGGAAGGAGAUGGAGGAGUUUGAGGAGGACUCUGAGCCCAGGAGGAACAGGAAGAAACUCAUUGAAAUCUUCACCAAGGUGGAUUUUAAUAAAGACAGGAGCGUCAGUGCUAAAGAAAUGCAGCACUGGAUCAUGGAGAAAACAGAAGAACAUUUUCAGGAAGCCGUUAGAGAAAACAAGCUCAGUUUUCGUGCUGUGGACCCUGAUCAGGAUGGACAUGUAACUUGGGAUGAAUACAGAGUGAAGUUUUUAGCCAGCAAAGGUUUCAAUGAAAAAGAAGUGGCUGAGAAGAUCAAAAACAAUGAAGAACUGAAAGUGGAUGAAGAAACUCAGGAGGUUUUGGAGAGCUUGAAGGAUCGCUGGUUCCAGGCAGAUAACCCUCCAGCUGACCAGCUGCUGAAUGAAGAGGAGUUCCUCUCGUUCCUGCACCCAGAGCACAGCAAAGGCAUGCUCAGAUACAUGGUCAAGGAGAUCGUCCGAGAUCUUGAUCAAGAUGGAGAUGGAAAGUUGACUCUUGCUGAAUUUAUCUCCCUCCCCAUGGGAACUGUGGAGAAUCAGCAGGCCCAAGAUAUCGAUGACGACUGGGUUCGUGAAAGGAAGAAGGAGUUUGAAGACGUCAUUGACGCUAACCAUGAUACGAUUGUAACCAUGGAAGAGUUGGAGGAGUACAUGGACCCCAUGAAUGAGUACAAUGCUCUGAAUGAAGCCAAGCAGAUGAUUGCUGUGGCGGAUGAGAACCAAAACCACAACCUGGAACUAGAAGAGAUCCUUAAAUACAGCGAGUACUUCACCGGCAGCAAACUCAUGGACUAUGCCCGUAACGUACAUGAGGAGUUCUAAGACCGUCUCCUCAAGUCUUAAUGAAUAAGAAUAGCAUGUAUAUAUCCCUAUUCCCUAGAGUGUCGCAAGGAUGAUGUUGGUCCUUGCUUGCUUCCCAGAUUGGGAUCAAUAAGUGCUUUUGGACAUGUGUUUGUAACUGUACAAACCUGCGAGCCACAAAACCUUCUCUAAUGUUGCAAUGUGCAGGUAUGACACAUUUAAUCGGACUCUGCCUUCAUAAUGUCAUGUGAUUUCCAUAUGAGCCCCAUAAAGUCCUAUAUAUAAUUAAUGUUAGACACUUUGUCACUUUCAUUAUGUUUUUGAGUGUUGAUUAUUAAGUGAAAUGUCUGUAUAUGAGGAUUUGGUGAGGGGAAAGAGCGUUUUAAACUUCCAUUGAUUAAAAAAAUAGAUUUAAUGUAAAUAAUUUAGUUAAUUGGAGUGCCAUAAUAUAUGUUUUGGGUGGGUUGCUUUUGAAAGGGUUUGAGCUUCCUGAGCUACGAUGUGAUAUUUCCAAAGAUGACGAGCCAGCAAAAUGAUUUGGGUGGUAAUUUUGUGAAAACUGUAAUAGCACUUCUAUUUGAAAUCAUUAAAUGCAAAGCAGUCAAAACGU